AUGGCAUCCAAAGGAGGCCCAAUCUAUGGGAUCUUACUGGUUGCUGAGAGAGUUCAAAGUCCUCAUGAUCCAUAUCAUAUGUACUAUCAGUCAGGUGAUCAUAUUGUGGGUGGCAUUGUCACAUUAGCUGUUAUCAUGCAUGCUACUAUGGAAUUCACCAAAAUCCCACCACCACCAUUGCCUGAAGAGCUUGUAUUAGUUCCUAAACAUUACCAAAAUAUUGUGGCCCAGGCAUUUGCCAUCAAGGAAAUCAAUAAAAACUCAGCGAUAUUAUCCAAUGUCACCCUUGGCUUCAACAUCUAUGACAGUUACGCCAGUGCACAGAAAACAUACCAUUCAACAAUGUUACUGAUUUACAACAGGAAAAAUCCUUUUCUCAAUUACAUCUGUGAUAUCCAGAAUCAUCUGACCUCAGUGAUUGGCGGACUAGACUCCAAAACUUCCAUUGUCAUUGCAAAUCUCUUGGAUAUCUAUAAGAUCCCACAGAAAGCGACUGGGCAGCGCCAAGAAUCUUCCUACCUCUACUGGACUUUGUGGUUGUCUCCGCACUUCCUGGCAAGCAUGUGGACAUGGAUUGGCAUAGUUGUAACAGCCAAUGAUAAUGGAGAUAGGGUUAUAGAAAAGAUUGUUCCAUUAUUGUACCAAAACAACAUCUGUGUUUCAUAUAUAGAGAAAAUUAGUGAAAUAUCAAGUCCUAAUGAACUUUAUAACUUGAUCAGUGAAGGGGCAGAAACGCGUGAUAAAAUUAUGGAUAGCAAGGCUAACGUUCUGAUAUUUUAUGGAGAAUCUCAUACUAUGGUAAGGCUGAGAUGGCUAUCAUAUUUAUCACGAAAAAACGUGCCAGAUACUGUCAAAGGUAAAGUGUGGAUAUUAACAGCACAAAUGGGGCUGAACUCACAUGUAUAUCAGAAAAAUUGGGAUACUGACAUAAUGAAUGGUGCUCUGUCUUUCACAAUUCAUGCCAAUGAUCCACCUGGAUUCCAGUCAUUUAUUAAAAGUAGAAAUCCUUCCAUGAGAGAAGACGGAUUUAUCAAGGAUUUUUGGGGACAAUCCUUUGCUUGUGCAUUUAAAACUUCAAAUGUAGAUGAGGUAGCUGGUGAUAUUUGCACAGGGGAAGAGAAACUGGAAGAUCUUCCCGUAACUUUUUUUGAAAAGAGAAUGACUGGUCACAGCUACAGUAUUUAUAAUUCUGUCUAUGCAGUAGCACAUGCAUUGCAUGCCCUGAUUUCAUCGAGAUCUGCCCAAUGGUCAAUGGCAAAUAAUGGGAGGUUGAAGCUUCAAAAUCAAGAUUCAUGGCAGCUGCACUCCUUUUUAAAAGGUCUGUCAUUUAAUAACAGUGCUGGAGAUCUGGUUUCUAUUGACUACAAUGGAGAAUUACUAGCUGGAUAUGAUAUACUGAACUGGAUUGUUUCUUCCAAUGACUCCUUCCAUAGAGUUAAAGUUGGGAGGUCCCAGCCUGUUUCUAUAUGCACUGGGAAUUGCCAACCUGGUUCCAGCAAGAAAAUAAAGGAAGGGCAGCCCUUUUGUUGCUAUGACUGCAUCCCAUGCCCAGAUGGGAAGGUUUCAGAAAAGGAGGUGAUGGUCUUUGUAAUAUUGGUGAAGAACCACAACACACCUAUCAUCAUUGCCAAUAACCGAGACCUCACCUACAUUCUCCUCCUCUCCCUCCUGCUCUGCUUCCUUUCUGCAUUCCUAUUCAUUGGUCAUCCAGAGAAGAUGGUAUGUCUCCUGCAACAACAGACUUUUGGGGUUGUCUUUGCAGUGGCGGUUUCUUCAGUAUUAGCAAAAACCGUCACAGUGAUUCUAGCUUUCCAGGCCACUAAGCCAGGAUCCAGGAUGAGAAUGUUUGUGGGAAAGAGACUGUCCAACUCCAUUGUCAUUUCCUGUUCUCUUAUUCAAACAGGUAUUUGCAUAGCAUGGCUAACAACUUCUCCUCCAUUCCCAGACCAAGAUAUGGAUUCAGUAGUUGAAGAAAUUAUUGUGCAGUGCAACCAAGGCUCUGUGACUAUGUUCUACAGUGUCCUAAGCUAUUUGGGCUUCUUGGCUGUUAUUAGUUUCAUAGUUGCCUUCAUGGCCAGGAAAUUACCUGAUACUUUCAAUGAAGCCAAGUUCAUCACUUUCAGCAUGUUGGUCUUUUGCAGUGUCUGGAUAUCCUUUGUCCCAACCUAUUUGAGCACUAAAGGAAAAUACAUAGUGGCAGUGGAGAUAUUUUCUAUCCUGGUCUCUAGUGCUGGUUUGCUGGGCUGCAUCUUUCUUCCCAAAUGUUAUAUAAUUGUUUUAAGGCCUGACUUGAAUACCAAACAACACCUAAUGGGGAGGAAAAAAUGA